AUAAAAGUUCUUUCACUUCCGAUUUUACCUUCGUUGCUCUAGGGUUUUGUACACCAUCUCGCCACAGCAGCUGAUCAGCUAGCCGCCGCGAACUUCAGCCGCCACCAUGGGUCGUAUGCACAGCAGAGGUAAGGGUAUUUCAGCUUCGGCACUUCCGUACAAGAGGACGCCCCCGAGCUGGCUCAAUAUCUCAUCCCAGGAUGAAAAAGGUAUGACUAUGAAGGGGAAAGGAACGAAAAGGGAAUCUUCAUCCUCCAAUUUGGAUUCCCAGGAACCUAGAAUGGACAUCAAGUCCAUCAUGAAAGAUAUUGAAUUUUUGGGUUCCUCACACAUGACAUGGAAACAGAAAAAGGACUUGGAGAAUAAGAAGGUAGUGUCACUCGGUGGAAAGCCUCCAAAGAAACAGAGGUUACCUCUUAGUGUUGCUAGAGUUUCAAUGAAGAAUCAAAAGGAUAGAGAAGAGAAACUGAUUCAAGAGAGAGCUAUACUUGGAAGGUUUGGAGCAUACAGUAGCAGUAGUUCCAAGAAGGUGCUAGAGAGGAAACCAGCAGAGGACAGAAUUCUGAAGUCGAUGCAAGGCGAUUUCAAAAAGGGGGUUCUCAAUGUCGGGCAUCUGUUGAAGCCCUCAGCCCCUGAAGCCUCUAACUACAAGGGCAGGCACCCUACAAGUAAAGGGAAGAAAAAGAAAGAUAGCAAGAAAAGUCAUGGCAAGAGAAAGGGUGGUGGUGGUGGUGGUGGUAAGAGGCGUCACUAGGAAUAUAUCUCAAAGUGACUACUCUUCUUUUAAAUUUCUUCGCAUUUCUGAACCCGGCUAUGACUGUAACUGCAGAACCAAGCUUGUAGAACAUAUAUACAUUCAUGCCUUGUAUCUGUUGGUAUGCUCAGAUUUGUUUUGUUGCUCAAUGUAGAAUGAAAUUUUGUGUUGCUAAUUUCUGAUAUAUAGUUUUCAGUUUAUUCUA